AUCCUUAAAGUGUUUUUCUUUUCUAAGGUUCUCACUUUCUCUCUCUUUCUCUCCCAGCUCUAGAAACUUGUCUUCAAUUUUCUAUUUUGGUCAGAGUUUGAUUUUCUAGAUCCAGAUGGAAGAAAAGAAGGGCAACACUUCUCAAGUUAACAGAUUCGAGGUGGAUGGAAUGGACAAUCUUAAAAUUAUUGAAUGGAAAAAGAAAAGAAAAUUACAGACUGAUCAAUUGGAUUUGCUUAGACCAAAACAUAAAUGUUGGCUUGGAAGUUUCUCUUCUGAACAUGCUUCAAUGUUUAAUGAAAAUCCUGCUUUAGAUAACAUGCACAACUACAUGAUCAAGAGUAGAAUGGAUGCAGCAUUCAUUGAUGAUGGGUCCCAACCCGAAUCUGCCAAAGACAGUAAUAGUUUCAUUGAUGACUUUGAUACUGCUAUGUCUGUGAAUGAAGAAGCCAAACAUGAGGCAGAUUGUGGAAAUGCAUACCUAUAUGUAAAUAGGAUAAGCUAUAGUGAAGAGGAAGCAUUUGUUGAUAGCAAAUGCAAUCCAUCUUAUGAUGAUCCUGAUAUACAAGCUUUGAAGAAUCAUGAGGAACUUUUGGGAUUAGGAAGCUUGUCAGGUCAUGAAUACUCAGAACAUGCAAAAGACAGCAAUGAGCACUCUGUAGAUACUGAAUUUGAAGAUUUUCUUUUUUCUAAUGGGGUGAAUCCUAACAUGUAUGUCCUUUCAUCUGGAAGAUGGGAGGUAAACCAAGAAGCUCAAUCAAAUUCAAGACCACCAACAAUUGAUCAAGAGUUUGAGGAGUACUUUUCUAUGCUUAUGCUCUAGUAGAGUUUACCUAUAAAGGGAGUAUGUACAUAUAAUUCUGAAAAUGGCUGUUGUGUGCAUUGUAUGAAGAUAUACCAGUUAUUUUGACGACUUCAUAAGAUCUUCAGUAGGUGUAAUAUUAGAUUUCUUCUU